GCGGGAAAAUGGAUGCGGGCCCCUCCCCGGACGCCAGUCUCAAGGAUGUGAAGUGGAGCGCCGUGGCCGUCCCGUUGGACCUGCUGGUCAGCACUUACCGCCUGCCCCAGGUCGUCAAGAUAGACGGCGGGGAACCUAUAGAAGGUCUUAGAGAGACUGAUUACCUUUUGAUUCAUUCAUGCCGACAGUGGACAACCAUUACAGCUCAUAGUCUGGAGGAGGGUCAUUACGUUAUAGGGCCGAAGAUUGAAAUCCCUGUACAUUAUGCUGGGCAGUUUAAGCUGCUGGAACAAGACCGUGAUAUUAAGGAGCCAGUGCAGUAUUUUAACAGUGUGGAGGAGGUGGCUAAAGCAUUUCCUGAACGAGUUUACGUCAUGGAGGAAAUAACAUUCAACGUUAAGGUGGCUUCUGGUGAAUGCAAUGAAGACACUGAGGUUUACAACAUUACACUCUGCACCGGGGAUGAGCUAACGUUAAUGGGGCAAGCGGAAAUCCUUUAUGCAAAAUCUUCGAAGGAGAAGUCCCGUCUCAACACCAUCUUCAAGAAGAUUGGAAAGCUUAAUUCCAUCAGCAAAUUAGGCAAAGGCAAAAUGCCGUGCCUGAUCUGCAUGAACCACAGGACCAACGAGAGCAUUAGCCUUCCGUUCCAGUGCAAGGGCAGGUUCAGCACACGCAGCCCGUUAGAGCUGCAGAUGCAAGAAGGCGAGCAUACUAUCCGCAAUAUAGUAGAAAAGACCCGGCUGCCCGUGAACGUGACGGUGCCAAGCCCUCCGCCGCGAAAUCCUUACGACUUGCAUUUCGUCCGCGAAGGGCACCGCUACAAGUUCGUUAACAUUCAGACCAAGACGGUCGUGGUUUGUUGCGCCCUGCACAGCAACAAAAUCAUCCCCAUGCACUUCCCUUUGCAUUCGGCUCUUCCAAAGUUUACCCUCCCCGAAAGCCUUGUGAAAGGGGAGAUGUGGCACGAAGCCUUCGUCAAGCACUGGUUCGGCCUCUGUCAAGAGCAGUUUGAUAUCGAUGAGUAUUCCCGUGCUGUGAGAGAUGUGAAAGCCGACUGGAACGAAGACUGCAAAAGCCCCCAGAAAAGUCGGACCACCAGCCACAACCAUGUGCCAAACUCCCUUAGUUAUGCUCGGGAUGAGUUGACUCAAUCCUUCCACCGCCUCUCAGUGUGCGUUUAUGGAAACAACCUCCAUGGGAAUAGCGAGGUGAACCUUCAUGGUUGCAGGGACUUGUGUAACGAGUGGGCUCUAUUCCCUCAUGAUGCUUUGCAGUACCAGGACUCUGGCGAUGGGAGCAGCGACUACCUUUUCCCUGAAGUUAGCGAAGAAUCGUUAUGUUUACCUACCAAACUAGAACUUCCUUAUGAAGAACUAUGGCUGGACCAAGGGGUUGGGAAAAUGAGCGAUCAGCCUCUUACUCGCUCACAGAGUGAAAAGAACAAAUGUGACACCUAUAGGAGUUCUUUCCGGUCCAAGUGUGGGACGUCCUCUCUUCCAGCACCUGGAGCUUUAACCUCAACAUCAAAAUCUUCAGAUGUUUCCCUACCUCCACCACCUGUGCCUCCUAAAUCUGAAGCAGUCAGAGAGGAGUGUAGACUCCUGAAUGCUCCACCUGUUCCGCCACGCAAUUCAAAGCCAACAUCCACCAGUCCUUCUAUCCCUCCACGGACAAGCAAGCCAGCACGGCAGCAGACUCGUUCUCCCAGUCCAACUCUCUCAUACUAUUCUUCAGGACUACACAACAUCAAUGCCACAGAAGGAGAAGCUGAAAAUCCCACUGAGAGCACUCCAGUCGCUUGCUAUCCAUGCGGCACUGUGAACGUUGACCUGCAAGAGCUUGGUAGCCAAUUGCCUUUGGGGAGCCCCUCUGCUGAUGCUUUGCCCUUGAGACUGUCAUGGCCAAAUCAUUUUUCUGGAGCUGCCGAAGGCCUUCAUAGGAGCGACUUUCUAUUGGAUCCAAGCAGGAGUUACAGUUAUCCAAGGCAGAAGACUCCCGGCACACCAAAGAGAAACUGUCCGGCACCUUUUACGUUCGACUUCAACAGAAGUGAAACUCCUGCAGAGGAUGCGCUGCUAGCCACAGUGGAACUGGGCUGCACUGUGUCCACUUGCCCAAAGUCUGCAAGUUACUCUCUAGAGUGCACUGAUGAGAAAAGUCUGGCAGUAAGUAGCACCGUGCAGUCUCUCUCGUGCCCCGCCUUACCCCCUCGUGCACCAAAAGCAGCAGAUGAGAAACCAGCCAUAGACUUGUGUCCACUGGCUCUCAGAAUUGAUGGUGCAGAGGAAGAGCCUGAGACAGGUUCACCAGACCUUUCUGAAGACCAGUACCUUGGAAAGAAGGGCCUGCAGGACAUCUUUUCAGCUUCUUACCCUUUCUCGUCUCCCCUUCAUCUUCAGCUAGUGCCAAGGUCUUGCGGUGAUGGCUCUCCUUGGCAGCCUCCUAUAGAUCUCUCCGGACUUUCAAUAGAGGAAGUUUCUAAAUCUCUGAGAUUUAUAGGCUUAUCGGAGGAUGUCAUAACAUUUUUUGUUACUGAGAAGAUUGAUGGCAACUUGCUUGUUCAGCUCAACGAAGAGAUCCUUUCAGAGGAUUUCAAACUAAGCAAACUACAGGUUAAGAAAAUACUGCAGUUCAUUAAUGGCUGGAGACCUAAAAUGUAGGGCUCGCUUGUCCAACAAAACACAGAGUUGUGCUAGAAGCGCUGGGACUAACACAAAGUCUCUCUCUCUCUCUCUCUCUCUCUCUCUCUGCACUAAGAUCUUUUUCCUCUCUUGUGUAAAUAGUAGGAGAAAAAAAUCUUACUAUGCAAAUAAUUUUGAGUGGUGAGCAGACCCUUUUGUACAUAGUAGAAACAUAAAGGUGUGCCUUGCACAUCCCUGAACAUUCAGCAGCUGCUAAACGGUGGACGUUAAAGGGAAUUUAAUUUGUACUCAUGUAGUUUGUUAAGACAUAUUUAUUAUUAUUGAUUAGGCAAAUUUGAGCAGCACAUAAAUCAGUCUGAUUUUGUGUGUUUCCCAAUACACAUAUUUCCUCUUGGAGUUUUUUACUUUUACUUUUAUUCUGAUGGCCACUAACUCGCCUUUAGUUUUGACAUCCAAUGGAAAGUGUCAACCUCCCCUUCUUACAUUUCUUCUAAAUAUGUGGAUAGGAUUCCUUUUUAUAAGAUUCCUGGGUUCUGAAUGAACCAAUAUUCAUUUUUUUAAAAUCAAAGCAAAAACCUAUUAGCUUGACAUCACCUCCAGAUCACUGCAGGUUUUUCACAGAAAAGCCAAUUGGAAGACCACCAUUUAUUUCACUGCCUACUUGGAAAAUAAAUUUGGUUCGUAAGAGGUUUCUGGGGUUGAGAGAAGCAAUACAAGCUCUUAAUCGCUUGAGAGAUGCCAUUACCCUGCUCACAGAUACACUCUUUUUCCCCCGCCACUGUUAUCGUUUUCUCCUUUGAAGCAUCUUCCUGCUCAAGCAUGACUUCUUCAGGUUGGUAGGGUAGGAAACAGAGGCUCAGAAGACUACUGGAACCAUCUACUUACUUUCUGCUCCCCCAUCCUGAGAUUUAUGAGGAGCCAAAGUUGUAGGUAUCACCCUAAUAAUACACAAGAGAGAAUGUCCUGCUCUUCCAUAACCUUGAAGAAGUGAUAGAAUUUUAGAAGUUUAGCCCAAGUAAUGUAUAGGCCGUCCUUACCAAAAAUCAAACCAAAAAAAUGCCCUUGUUUGAUUUACUAUGAAACUACUGCAAUCAAGGCAGAUAGAUCCUUGCACCCAAAUAGAGUUUUCUUGCAUAGCACAAAACAAAUAUAGAAAGAGAGAGCAUAAAUGCACAAGCUCUAAUAUGUAGAUGUGAGAUUAAACAUGUUAUUUUAAAUAAUUGAUUUUGGGGGAAAUACUUGGCAUUAGCAAAGAACAGAGAGAAAUGCAAAUGUAAAAGGGUUUUGCAACCACUUUGCAAACAAUAAAAAGUAUUCCUGUAUUCUGAGCAAAUGUUGAUGUCUUGCCUUGAUGUAGAAUAAUUGCUAGGGAUCAAUAAGAAAAUGUCAAUCAAUUGUCUUAGGUAUAAAAUGCAUUGAGGAGUGAUCUGCCAUGGAGCAUAACUUUAGGAGGUAAGAUACUAGUGCAACAGUUCAGUCAUUUGUCCUUGAUGCUUUGCAUUGCUGCUGUUUCUUUAAGGCUCUUAAAAAUGUACAAUUAGGCAAGAGCAACAUCUGAAAUACUAACCUAAAUUAAAAGAAAUCACAUUCCAAAAUUGCGUAAAUAAUUUUGUGCUUUUUUAAAGCUUUGUAUUUAGAUGAAGGAUAACAGCUUGAUGUUAAGCAUCCUGUUCUUGAAAUAAUGUAUGGAUGUUUUAGACCCCUGAUAUAUCUGAUGCACAUUUUACUAUGAAAAACAUUAUGUGGGAGGAAGGCUAGCUUUGGCCCACAUGCUUUGUGAUGUAUUUACCCUGUUAGCCUAUAUUGACUAUAGUAAACAACAAAUAAAUUGAUGUCUUAGCAACUCGAUCUGGGUCUAACACAUCACUACUAAUUCAACUGCUUAUUCACACACAAAACAUAGGGUAAAGGCUUUCAUGCCUGUUUUUAAGGCAAAAUGAACCAUACUUUAUUUCUCUUUGUGGCCUUGAUGCAAUGUUCCUUCACUGAUCUUUCCCUUAAUUUUUCUUCAGUUACCCUUGUACAUAGAAAACAGAAUACUUAUUUAGAAAGCUCGUGGAAGACUGCAUGCUGUAUUUAAGGAAGAAAGUUCUGGUCAUUAGCAGGAGUUUGUAAGCUGAAUGAUCUUUUAUUUUCCUUUCCUUUUUUUUUUUUUACAUUUUGGAGAACUUGAUCAAAUUCAAACGGUGCUCAUUUUAUGCCCUGUUUUAAGCAAAUAGUGUGACUUAGAAGUAAACUCUCUUGAAAUAAAUAGAAAUUAAGAGCUGUUUACCCAGCACUUCCUCUACACAGGUUCAGUCCAGAGUUGCCAGUACGGAGAUUCUCAUAUGAGGAAAGAUCAGUAGAAAUGGGCUACUCACAAGUAAUCCUACAAAUCCCCAUGAUAUGUCUAGCAAAAGUGGUGCUUUAGUCAGAGAAAUUGCUGUUGGCUAAGUGCUGAACCUGCACCCAAUAUGACUGCAGACAUAUGUGGCUAAGGACAGCUGUGAGUAUUGUGCAGUGGAAACUAUUCCCUCGGAACCAGCCUGUACUUUGGAUUCUAAAAUAAGCUGACAUGAGGAAGUUCACAUAAAGAAAGUUUCCGAACCUCUCUCCUAACUACAACCACCCACUGAAUAGCCUGUCUGGGGCUGGGGAUAAUGUAGGUUGGAAUGUUGGGGGCUGCUGGGAGAGGGGGAAAUGGUCUUAGGAUCCAACUUAUCUUUAGGUACAAUCCCAUGCAAGUGUAGACAGAAAAAGACCUAUAAUUUCCAGCAUAAGCUGGGAGUUGUGGGCCUUCUUUCUGUCUAAACAUGCAUAGGAUUGCACCCUUAGAAUCCAAUCCAAUGUACUUUCAGCUCAGUUCAGCCACCCAUGUGUUUAGAAACCAUUAAUGGCUAAGAGAACUCUGCUUCGUGGGAUGUGAGAAAAAUGCUUCUAUCAGAAAACAGUUCUGUACUUUGGGCAACCUUUCAAAAGACUCACAGCAUGAUCCCAUGUAGGUUUACUCAGAAGUAAGUCCCACUGUGUUCAAUGUAGCUGACUUACUUCCAGGAAAGUAAGCAUAGGAUUGCAGCCUUAAUUGUUUAAUUUUACAUCAGUCCUACUCUUGUUUGUAUGCCAUCAACGCUGUUCCAUAUUUAGAGUAUUCAUAGUUUAUUCAUAGUCUUGUAAAACUUAAUUCACAUUUUAGUUGCAAAUGAAACCAUUCAGUGCAAAAAUCCUGUUGAGGCUAGUUGAGUGUUGUGAAUUUGUAUUGCCUUAUGGGUCAUUGUCUUAGGAUUCUCAUAUUUUAGGAAACCAGGUGCUAGAGACAAUGUGCUGUUUUCCUGAGUGCUUGGAAAACCACAGGUUUAAUAACUUCUCACCCCUAAAAACACACACCAAUUUUAUGUGUGGGCAUGUGUUAACCAGAAUGACUAGUUGAAAGAACAUGCAGAGGAGAACACAUGAGAUAGUCCCAUCUAUGGUCAGAACGGCACGGUGCCUCCCCCCUCCCCUGAUGAACAACCAGUCAAUGUUUGUGAGAAAGAAUUCUGUGUGGGUACAGAUGUAUCCACAGAGAGCUCCUACACUCAAGGGGGCACCCCGUGCAACCAAGUGGGAGCAUAGAGGAUCCACAGGAUGUUCAUCAGGGCAGAGGGAGGUGACGGGUGACCCCAAGAAUCCUUCCAUAUAUUCACUGAAUUCUUCUCACGUUCACUUGUGAAUAUUGACCUUCUUGUCUACAUGCCAUUGUUGCUUCAUCUGAAUUUGAAACUUUCCUGCUCUCUUCAAAAUAAAAUAUUCCCAGUAAUGCUUAUCCUAGUUGUGGAUAAAUGGAGGAAGGAGCGUUCAUAAGCAUUUGUACACCAUGUAAGGAGCAGUACUCAUUCUUCAAGCUCUGUCCACUUACAUAGAGGUCCCAGUAUCUUCUCAUCCCUGAAUAUAUUCAGAGAUCUGACUUCUUGCAGGAUCAGAGAUUAAAAUCUGACACAGAUUACCAUAAUUUUCCCAUGGUGCUAUGCAAGUAACAUUCAUAAUAAGGAGGCACACUCAGGCUGGCUGGCAGCAUUCUUGCUGCUCGCUCCCUGCUGCAAGUUACAAGUUGGAGCUCUUAGCUGUAGCCUUCAAAAUGGGUUGUGACAAGAUCCUCCUGUAUAUAUUUUGAAUAAACCACCCCAUUUUCAGUCUUGUUUUCCUGUGGAUGUUGGAUAAAUAACCAAGAUGAAAGAAUUAGCUGAAAGAAGACUAUAGGAGUAGUGAAAUGGAUUUAUUUCUGUUUUUAAUAGUCUUGAUGCAAGAUCUCUUUGUACGCAGAACAAUAGUCCUUUAUAGAUUGGGGCAGGGGGUUGUCACAACAGCCUUCAAGUAAGAUUUCUUUCUUUUGAAGAAGAGGGAGUCAAUGGGAAUUGAGUCUGUGUAUAAUACAUCUGUUAACAAUUGCUCUUAUUCUGCCUGUGCUUAAUCAAAGGCCUACAUUGCAAUGUGUUGCGUUCAGUUUCUUUUAGACACUUGCAGUGUAAUCCUAAACAAGCUUACUCUUGAGUUCAGUAACACUGCCAUGCACUCUUACUUGGGAUGGAAUAUCCACAUUGGAUUCAGUGCAUCUUCCCCAUAAAACUUGCAUUGGGCAUAGAAGAAGCAUCCAGCUGCUAGUGGUGAAAUCUCAAACCUUGAAGAAUGCUUGCUUAAUAUGUAAAGAACAUGCCCUUUUUAAAGUCCAGUUUGCAGUUUAGAAAUUGCAGAUUAAACUAGUUUAUUUUACUUUGUCAUAGACACCUUUUUAUAGUGUAUAUGUUGAUUUCGCAAUGGCAACAGUUUCAUUAGAAGUAGAUAGGAUGAAUCAGUUCAGUGGCUUGGAUCCUAAAUUAAGGAAGUUCAUGGAAUGAAACUUUCCCAUUCUCCUCCUCCCUGCUGUAUAUUAAUGGAAGCAGUGUUGUUUUUUUAGAUACAGUAGGGAAUUGAGAUGGUUUGGUCAAACAGGCUGAAAUGAUGUGUGUUCAUGUCUCACUAGCAUGCCCAACUGCAAGUGGGUCUUUAUCAGUUGGAUUGAGAAAAUCAAUAGUCAUCAGGCCUGAUCCAGUCUGGGCCAUGAAAACCUUAACCACACUGGCCCAAAAGCUUGUAAGAAGUUUAAGAGGAACUUAUAUGGAUCAAUGAUUCUAUACUUGCUUAAUAAUGUGUAAUUGUCUCUGGGGAUGUGGAGGUGGAAAGAUCACCUUUUAAGAUGAGGAACAAGCUGUAUUUAAGUGCUAGAGAAUGGGUGAGUGGCAUGAAUCCAGUUUAGCUCAUUGUGAAGUACUUGCAACAGUGUGUUGCACGUGGCUAUUUCCUACAUCAGUCUUCCCAACCCGGUGCCUUCCAGAUUUGUUGGGAUUACAGUAUCCAUCAUCCCCAGACAAUAUAGUGACUGGUCUGCUGGCUGGGGAUGGAAUGGCAUUGUAAUCCAACACACCUGGAAGAUACUGGUUUGGGAAAGGCAAUUCUACAUGAAUAAGCGUAUAAGGAGUCUGAUACAUACUUUGCUAUCACUAGUAUUACGUUUGGGGCGGUUGCAAUCUGAAAAUUAACUUCCAGAGUUUAAGAACGUUAUUUUUGAAACUGAAAUUGAAACAUUAUAAUUACGGCAUAUGGAUUACCUUUUAGUUCGAACAAUCCAUUCAGAAGGUGAGACUGUAUGAAUAGAAAACAAUAACAGGAAAGAUGUGGCAUAUCUUUUGUUUUUUUAAUCUGAAAACAAAGUGGAACAUGCAAGCCUUGCUAAUCUCUAGGACAGAAGAUCAUUUUUAAGAUCUCAGAAUAGUUGUUUUUUUU